AUGGAUACAUUUCUUAAAGAUAUAGAAUCCAAUCAUUUAAAAUCAUUUAAUGAUACUCAAAAAAAUGAAUUAUUAGAAAUUAUAAAAAAAACAAUUUAUAAACUUCAAAAUAAUAAUAAAAUUUUAAACAUUUCUACCAUUAGUAAUAAUAAUCAUAUCAGUUGUAAUAAUAGUAGAAAUAACAAUUGUAAAAACAUUAUUAGCAAAGAUAUUAACAAUCAAAAUUUAAUAAAAAACAAAUUCGAUUUUCUAAAUAAUAGAAGUUUUUUAUUAGAAAGUUUUAAAGAUUUUAUAAAUAUUAGGAAUUUAUUUUUAAUCAAAUACCCUGGACUAUAUAGUUUAAUUCGAUGGACCACCGAAAUAAAAAAGAUACCAAAUGAAAGUUUUGGAACAGAUAAUUUAAAUGAUUGGGAAAUCUUUGAUUUAAAUAGACAGGUUCAAUAUAGAAUAUUAGUUUUUAAAUUUGCAAUAUUAUUAAAAGAACAAGAUCCAAACUAUUCAAUAGAAACAAUCGAAGAUAUCAAUAUAGAGCCAUAUGAAAACGAUCAAGAAAUUCAUAAAAUUCAAUUUCACAUUAUAGAACAUUUCAACUAUCAAGUUAAAAAGCUAUUAGAAAAUCAUUUUUAUAAAAAAACAAAACAACAUAAUUUUUAUUUUAAUCCAAAUGAUAAUCUAAAACAACAAUUUAAAAAAAUAAUAGAAAUAUUUCCAAAUAAUAGUUUUUUCUAUAAUAGUUUAAAACAAAUUUACGAAAAUAGUAAUCAAGAUUCAAAUCAAAUCGAUAUUAGAUAUCUUAAUUUUAGAUUACAUUAUGAUUAUUUUAGAUUUAAAAUUAGUAAAGAAAAUAAAGAGGGCCAGUAUUCAAUCGAUCAUUAUAAAAAUAUUAUUUUACCUUACUAUAACAAAAUAGACAAUAUUAUAGAUAAUAAUAUACCCAGCAAUAUAAAUAAUAGUAAUAAUAAGCAUUAUAUAGAUUUAAAAAAUAACCAACCCAAAAAAAAAACCAAAUAUACAGAUACCUCACCUAUUCAAUCGACUAAUGAAUCACCAAACCAAUCAAUCAGCUAUUCACCCCCAAUUUCCUACCCAAUAUCCUCUGCAUACUUAUCUCCUCAAAUGUCAAUUCUAUGUUCACCUGGAUGGAUACCCUCAUAA